AUGGAGAAAGCUGAAAAGCUUUGCCAAGAUGAGCACACGCUUGAUGGAACAGUAGAUCGCCAUGGAAGGCCUGCAAUUCGAGCAAGCAGUGGAUCGUGGUUUGCUGGUAUUUUGUUACUAGUGAACCAAGGCCUUUGUACACUUGCAUUCUAUGGAGUUGGUGUGAAUCUUGUAUUGUUCCUCACACGAGUAAUCGGGCAAGACAACUCGAGCGCGGCAAAUGAUGUAAGCAAAUGGACCGGCACUGUCUACCUCUUCUCGCUAUUCGGCGCCUUUCUCAGCGACUCUUAUUGGGGACGAUACAAAACUUGCGCCAUUUUUCAAGCCAUAUUUAUUGUCGGAUUGGUGUCCUUGUCACUAUCAUCCUACUUUUUCUUAGUAAAGCCCGACGGUUGUGGCGACGGGAGCGCCCCAUGUGGGCCCCACUCAACCGUCGAGACCAUCCUAUUCUACCUCUCGAUUUACCUCGUCGCCCUCGGAAACGGAGGCUACCAGCCCAACGUCGCGACUUUUGGAGCUGACCAAUUUGACGAGGAACAUCCGGUCGAGAGCCACUCGAAGGUGGCCUUCUUCAGCUACUUCUAUUUGGCCCUAAACCUCGGGAUGUUGGGCUCCAACACUAUAUUGGGCUACUUGGAGAACGAGGGCAUGUGGGCCCUCGGGUUCUGGGCCUCCGCUGGCUCGGCUAUAGCCGCAUUGGUGCUGUUUUUGGUGGGGAGGCCGAGGUAUCGGCAUUUCGUGCCCAAGGGGAACCCUUGGAAAAUGUUCUGCCAAGUGAUUAUUGCGGCUUUGAGAAAAUGGCGGGUCGAGGUGCCGUUGGGUGGCGGCGGUUUGUAUGAAGAGGAAGAGUGUGGCUCGGAGUAUGAUAAUGGUGCAAGGAAAAUUCUACAUAGUGAUGGGUUCAAAUUCUUGGACAAGGCGGCGAUCGAGACCUCGACGGACUAUGCCGCCGGCAUUGGCCGCGACCCGUGGCGGCUGUGCACGGUGACCCAAGUGGAGGAAGUGAAGACCAUAGGGAGGCUCAUCCCCAUAUGGCUCUGCACCAUCAUCUUCUCCCUAGUCUACACACAAAUGACCUCAAUCUUCAUCGAGCAAGGGGCCGCUAUGGACAAUCGCCUCGCCGGAUUCCGGGUACCUCCGGCCAGCAUGUCUGCCUUCGAGAUCGUCAGUGCCGCCGCCUUUAUCCUCAUCCACCGCCGCGCGGUCGAUCCAGCCAUGGCCAGCCUCCGGAAGUCCGGCGGUGGCCUGACGGAGAUCGAGCGGAUGGGUGUCGGGCUGGCGGUUGCCGUCAUGUCCAUGGUGGCUGCCGGCGUAGUCGAGCAUUUUCGGAUGAUGGACGCGGUGCCACAGUAUGUCUUCAUCGGUGUUUCCGAAAUCUACAUGUUGGUCGGGCAACUAGAGUUCUUCAACGGUCAAGUGCCCGAUGGACUAAGGAGCUUCGGAAGCGCGCUUAGCAUGACUUCGAUCUCGUUGGGGAACUACGCGAGUAGUUUGAUUCUAACCAUUGUAACCCAAAUUUCAACCUCAGGUGGUGACCCUGGUUGGAUUCCUAGGAACCUUAACCGUGGCCAUUUAGACAACUUUUUCUAUCUUCUAGCGAUACUGACGGCAGCCGACCUCAUGGUUUAUAUCGUGUGUGCAAAGGCGUAUAAGUACACGAGGUUCGAGGAACGGAGCAAUCAUUUCUUCACUACCCCCACCGGCGACGAGCUGACGCAAGAGAUGGCGGCGAGACGGAGAGCGGUGGCCGCGCUACCGACCAUUGUGCGAGCGCUAAAGAAGGAGGUUCCGCCGCGGCACCAUACGGCGCUACCGUCGUUGAGGAGAGCUUUCUCUCUCUACGAUCAGAUCAAUCUCAUCGAUAAAGUCCCCGACGACCAGCUCCGUUUUCAAGAGUUCGACGACACAGGGUUCAAGGUAAAUGGAGUCAAGUAUGAGGGCAGCUUACUUUGUGUAGGAAAUUUGAUAACGUCUUGGGCUCCCAAAAAAUUCGCAGAUAUCACUGCUGAAAGCUUUCUAGUAGUGCGAUAUGAUCAAAAGCGUAGUUAUGAGAGAGUCUUUAACUAUUGCAUUAAUCAAAGAACCUUACGGAAGAUUGUUCAUGGCAACUUCCUUUUAGCUGUUUCUAUUUUAAGUUCGUCUUCGAAGUGUAGCUUCAUAAUGCCUCCUGAUGUGGCUCUGCUAUCCUUAUCCAUUUUCAAGACACUGCACCCAGUACCAGAGAUUUUGAUUCUCGGAUGUGGAAGGUAUACACAGCCCGUAAAACCUGAACUUCGUGACUUUGUUCGCUCCACGGGCAUGAAAUUAGAAGCAGUUGACUCAAGGAAUGCAGCCUCGACAUAUAACAUAUUGAAUGAAGAAGGAAGGAUAGUAGCAGCGGCUCUUAUUCCAUAUGGAGAUUACUGAACUAAUGGCUAGGUACAGUUUUACACAGUCCAUUCUAAUGCUUUACUGAAAAGUGGGUAAUAAUAUUACAGUAACCUCGUGAUACUUGUGAAUUGAACUGGAAUACUGGGCUCUACAUUAUUCCAAUCUGAGCACACAACCUGGGG